AUUCUAUAUUGUAAAUUGAUAUACUUCUUUAAAUACUAUAUGAAAAAUAAAUAAUAAAAUUAUUAUAUUUUAGAGUUACCUGAUUUUCCUUUGCCUCCACCAGUUUUUAAAUCUGUGGAGAAAAAUCCAUUAAAGAGAUCCUUUGACUUUAGUUUAUCUCCUGGUUCUACUUCUUUCAAACAAUCAAAUCUGUGUUCUUUGUCAGACACUUUUUUACCUCAACAUUCAAUUACAGAGGAACAAUCAACAUCUUAUUCUGCUUUGCCUAAGUUUUUUACCUUCACAACUGGAAUGGAACAAUCAAAUUUUUGUUUGGUUUUAUCUCCCGAAUCUCAAGAAUCCAAAAAAAAGCUUCUGAAAACAGACGUACAAAAAACUGCGCUUGUACCAGAGAAGUUAGUUAAAAAUCAAUUUCCUAUGGAAGUUGGAAAAUACCAGCACAUGAUGUUCAAGAUGCUUUCAAAGGUUCUUGAAAAGCAAGAGCUUAUUUUAGCAUUAAACAAGCAACCACAAAGUAAUAUUGCAAUCAAGCAGUUAGAAACAAUUGCAGAGUUUGAGGACUUUAACAAAAGUUUAGUGGAUGAUUGUGUUAGACUUGAUUUGGUUAAACAACUCAGUUUUUUAUGUGCCGAAGAUUUUAAACAACUGACAAGAUUGGUCAUGAAUAGAUUAUUUAUAAAUACCCUAUUGACACAAUUCAACUUAAAAGGUUCUUUUGGAAAGAUUGUUUUAUCAUCAACCAAACAAUAUAAUGUAAUAGAAGAAGUUGUAAAAAGAAAGUUUGAAAAAGUUUCAAACGCUGAUACUAAACAGCAAAUUGGACGAUUUUUGAAAAAAUGCUCCAUCGCGGAAAAAUACAAACUAAAAUGAAUUAUUAUUUUUUAUUGUUUUUGUUGUAUAUAUGUUAUAUGCUGUAUAAGUUGUUAUAUAGAAAAAUACAAUC